GUUGAGUCUCUCACUUUUUUCUUGCACCGCCUCACCCCAUCAGCCCGAUCAACUUCUGGGAUACCUUGGAUAGACCCUUUACCCUUCAAUCUCAUGCUCUACAUAAUUACAUCAUCUACACUCCUCCAAGCAUUUGCCUACCCUAGCGUUUUUAAAAUCCUAACUCCUUUACAACAGUGAUGAAACCGUCAGAGCAAUACCUCCGGGUGUUAGAUGUCCUGCGCCUCCUUAAGAAAGAGCCCAGACACUUCCACACAGCCUAUCAUGUCCCAAUGAAGAGUCGAGCGCCCAUGUUCGGCCUCACUACCAUCGGCAACAACUUUUGGCUUAUCGGAGACCAUAUCACACUCGCCCGCCGCUACGGCGAACCCUGGCCUAGUGAUACGCUUGGUCUUAUCAACACUUGGACUGCGUCUGAUGGACAUCACUAUGCCAUUUUAGACGUGCCUGUAAUGCCGCCACGUUCUCGUCCAUGGACACCAGAUGAUGCACCUACUCUUGUUCAUCUCGCCGCAGGUGGUGGCACUACUAUCGAUGCCGAGGAUAAUGAUAACGAGAUAGCCGAGAUUACAACUAAGUGCGUUUAUUCUAUCGGAGAUGUGUAUAUUAAGAUGCAUCAUACCAUUCACUGCGAUUCUGUCGAUGAGCACGUAACUAUCAAGGAGCUGUCAAAACUUCUUCCAACCCGAAAAUUCACGCUUCCCACAGUCCUCUACCACGCCCGCUACGACAAUCGCUAUUUCCUUAUUACAUCUAAGGUACCUGGUGAAACGGCUGCGCAGCUCUGGUGGGAUUUCGACGACGCCAUGAAAGACCGCUACGCAGAUCUCAUAGCAGAGGCCUGUGUUGAGGUUGCUAUAUUGACCUCCAGCAAGCUGGGCACCGGCAUCGACGGGACUGGGCUGAGAAACGGGCGCUUGGCGGAGGCCCUAACUAGGAAGAAUAUGCCUAACAUACUUGCAAAUUGCAAGACGGUCAACAUCGACCCGCAGCGCCCUUUCUGCUUUUUCCAUGGAGACAUGGGGCCCACAAACGUUCUCAUAGACCGCCAGAAAGGAACGAUUAGCAUUAUUGAUUGGCAGGCUGCUGAAUAUGUUCCCAGAGAGUGGAUCGGUAUUAACUUUUCCAGUGCACUGGCUAUGGUGCAGGAUCUGCCUAUUCCGGAGAAUUACUCGUCAACCGAUUACGCUACGCGUGUAUGGAGGGCGCUGCAAGAUCGUGGGUUUGGAAAUGAUGGGAGUAUUUGGCUGCGCUGGAAAAGGAUUGACUGGCAAGUGAUGUCCGACCUUUGAUCCAUUAAGAUGAUCAAACAUGCAAGGGCUAGCCUACCACACUACAACGCUGCAAUCCAAUAUUUAAUUUAAUCUCUUAAUAAUUAAUAGUUAUACA